UUCAUCUACCUGAAAAUGCAAAAACACGUCAUGAAUAGACUUCUUAUUCUUAGUGUUUUUCUUUCCACGCAGCAGCUGUUAGCCAUUGCGGCGAAGUGCAGCACAGACCCAUGUACAAACAUUGGAGGCGGAGAAUGGAUGGCAUUUGACGACGAGAAAUCAUGUAAAAAAUUGGAACACUGCUGUUGGUCAGGAAAAGAAUGUCGCGCAUUGAAGUUUUCGGAGUUUAAGACAGAAGGAAGCGCAUCAAAGGAAAAAACACCAUCUAUGAAAUUUAAAGACAACCCAUUCAAUCCGCCAAACAAGGACAAAGCUAGAUUGUUACCUAUAGGCCCUCCGAUUUUCCCACACUGCCCCCCACCAAUGCCGUUUCCAGAAAUGUGUCACCCGAGAAGAAACGAGCCGUUCGUCAUUGAGCCACCAAUGAACAUACCGUACUGUCUGAGAAUACCAUGCUCCAAAGAUCGAUACUCCCAAAGUAAAUACGACCGAGAUCUACGAUCGUGUGGUGAACAGCCGGGAUGCUACUUCGAUCGAGAACUUUACGAAUACCGUGAUGCAUUCGGACCUUCUGUGCUACCUGGAGUACCGGUUUGUCAAUUGGCUAUCAGAACGAAAAUCCUCCCUAGGGAGGCUGAGAACGUAAUUUAUAUGUACGGUUUUUGGAAUCCAUACUUCACCAACUGCUUUUUGAAUACUUUCCACGAUGAAAUAAUGGAAGGUCCCCCAGGAUGUAAACUCAUUCCACUGUUGGAAGCGUUCCAUGUCAAGCCCAAAUUGGCUGGUUGGAGAGGUAUUUUGCCUAAAGAAUGUGGAUACAUCGGGGCAUGUUGGAUGAAAGGUGAGUGUCUGUAUCCACUGAAUCCUAAGUCGCUCACCAUCGAAGUUCAGCAAAAGUACGACUUUAACAAAUACGAGAUACCUUUCGGUCGACCCAAAUGUCAACAUUUCAACCCAUCGAAUCCAUACACUGCAGUGAAAAGCUAUCACAGUUGUUUGUCGGCCGGAUGUUCGGUAGAUUCUUCUAUCACCAUGAAAUAUUAUCAUUACAUGUUUGCAAUCGGCAACACAAUGUCCGCAAAAGACCACUGGCUAUAUUGGGAUCUAGUUUUGAGUGGCGUCCUUGGCCCUCAUAAUAUUGAUUCAGUGCAAUGGAAAUACAACAAGGAUGUUAAAUUUGGUGCUCGACCGCCACCUCCGCCGAAAAUCUCCAAACCAGUUGACAAUGCGUUUCCCUUCCCAGUACCUAAUGGAGGCGGGGCCAAAAGCUUAUCAAUGCCCCCAUUGCCGAGAAGGGGUAAAUCCGAGGCAUGUGGUCAUAUCUUCAGACCCUGGAAUUUUAGACCAUGUCCACCAGAUAAACUUCCUCCAAUGCACUACAACAAGUACUGCCCAUACAAGCCACUAAAUCUUCCACGAUUUCCUCGCCUGAAGGGUAGCUUUGAUGGAUGUUGCGAUAUAAACGAAUGUUAUAUAAGUCGAAGCAAUAUUCGCAAUGCCUACUCAGGACCAGCGACAUACGUCACAAAAUGGAGUUCCUGGAGCCACUGCUCUGUUAGUUGCGGAGGUAAAGGCUACCGAUACAAAUACAGAAGACAUGUUGGACCACUCGUGAAGCAUAACAAAAUUGUCGAAAAAGAUACGGAAUCAUGUUACAAUGAAUGUGCUGGAUGGGGUAGAUGGAGCGAAUGGUCUCGUUGUCCGAACCGCGAUUGUGCAAGACAAGAAAGAUCACGAGAGUGCUUGCCCGAAGGAUCUAUCUGCAAAGGAGCCAGCGAAGAAACAAGGCUUUGCAAUGCUAGCUGGUGGUGUUAGAAUAUUGGAAUAGUUUAAACCCCUAUAUCGAUUAUCUAAAUGUUCGUCUUCAUUAAUAACGAAUACAUUGAAUUGAAUACAAUGAUAUUGUCUGAUAACAUGUACAUUUUCGCAAGAUAACGUAACGUUUCUGAACAGCAAAUUGGUCCGAGUCGCAA